UGGUGAAAUUGACGAGUUUCUAAGGCUGCGGGCACAGGUGGAACAGUGAAGCAAGGAAGCGACGGAACUAGUACAUCUGCUACGAUGACCAGGUCUGCCAGUGAAGCGGAGGAAUUGGCUCGUCUUAGGCGUGAGCAAGCAGAGACCAAGGCGUCUACUGAUAAGCGGCUGGCAACAUUGGGGGAAGUAAUUUUCACUCUGAAGAAGCUGUGUGAAGUAGCUGAAUCUAACGCGGAGGUUUGGAGGAAUGAGGCCUUACGCCCUGGUAACAAACGAAGUAGUGUCACAAUCGGGUAUACGCCGACCAGUGAAGCACGCGUUCGGCCUAAGGUUACUCUGGCUGCUUCACCCAGCGCUACGAAAAGAGUGAACUUGCAGCUGAAAGGACUAGUGGAGAAGCAUCAACGUGAGGUUGAUCUACUGAAGGAAAUGUGUUUACCGGAAGUCGAUGCUCAGAAAGAAUCGGAGGAUGAGGUUGAGCGAUUAAAGGAAGCCAUGGUGGGACUAGGGACGAGGAAGCGAUCGAAGGGAACCCCCUUGAAGGCGAACUUGGAUGACGUGGCAGGACCGUCUUCCGGGAAGGACAAGGAUAAGAGGCCAGCCUCUCCAACUGGGCAAGCCAGCCAGAGGGAUGUGUUUGUCCGGGAGGCACGUAAACAACUUCAGAACCUGAGGAAAAAGGAUGUUAUCUCUAUCUGUGAGAAGGAGGGAAUCGAAUAUACUAAGUUGGAUCCGACAAAGGAGGUAAUUGCGCAGCCGCCGACCGACAUAGCAGAGUAGGAUGAAGAUGAUGGGGGUAAGAUCAAGUUAAGAAUGACUCGGUUGUGGAAGUGACUGAUGAAGGGGAGGAUACCUCAUAAAAGAGCAAC